AUGGAGGCUAAAGCAAUGAUUCCUGAGAGCGAUCUCUGUUGCUCUGUAUGUUGUGACAUUUUUAAAGAGCCUGUUGUUCUGAAAUGCAGCCACAGCUUCUGUAGAGUGUGUCUGCAGCAUUUCUGGGAAGAGAAGAGCUCUCAAGAGUGUCCCAUCUGCAGGAGAAAGGCCUCUAUGGAUGAUCUUCCUCUAAACCUGACCUUAAAAAACAUUGUGGAGUCUUACUUAAAGCAGAAGACUGAGAGAGAAACUACAGACAAGACAGAGGCUCGCUGUAGUCUUCAUGGAGAGAAACUUGUUUUAUUCUGUGAACUUGACAAAGAGCUUCUCUGUGUCAUCUGUCAGACUUCAAGAAAACACAGAAACCACCCGGUCUGUCCAGUGGAAGAGGCCGCUCUGGAGCUGAAGGAGGAACUCAAGCCUGCACUUAAUCUUGUCAAAGAAAAACUGAAUAAGUUUACUGAGGUUGAAUACGGACGUAAGAAGACAGCAGAACACAUCAGGAGUCAAGCCCAGCACACUGAGAGGCAGAUAAAGGUGGAGUUUGAGAAGCUCCACCAGUUCCUGCAUGAGGAAGAGGAGGCCAGACUGGCUGCACUGAAAGAGGAAGAGGAGCAGAAGAGUCGGAUAAUGGAGGAGAAGCUAGAACACAUCAGUGGAGACAUCUCCACCCUUACAGACAAAAUCACAGCCCUAGAGAUGGCCAUGGAGACCGAACACGCCUCCUUUUUAAAGAGCUACAACAACAUCAAGGAAAGAGCCCAGUGCACACUGCAGGACCCAGAGCUGCUCUCAGGGGCGCUGAUAGACGUGGCCAAACACCUGGGCAACCUGACGUUCAGAGUCUGGGAGAAGAUGCUGGGGAUGGUGCAGUACACUCCUGUGAUGAUGGACCCCAACACUGUACAUGCCUAUCUCUCUCUCUCUGAUGAUCUGACCACUGUGAGACACACAGAUACAGCACAGAACUGUCCUGACAACCCAGAGAGAUUUAACUACUGUGUGUGUGUGCUGGGAUCUGAGGGGUUUACCUCAGGGAAACACAGCUGGGAGGUGAAGGUUGGGAAUAAACGUGAGUGGGAUGUAGGAGUGGUGAAAGAGUCCACCAACAGGAAGGGAGAUAUAACAUACAGCCCAGAGGAUGGAUACUGGGUCAUAGUGCUGAGGAAUGGUGAUGAGUACAGAGCACCAGGAGGUACUGACCUCACACUGAAGAGGAAACCCCAGAGCAUCAGGGUGCAGCUGGACUAUGACAGGGGGGAGGUGGCCUUCUUCAACUCCAGUGACAUGUCACUCAUUUACACUUUUAAACACACAUUUACUGAGAGGGUGUUCCCAUUCUUCUCUCCCUGUGUGAGAGAUGAUGGUAAGAACGAUGAGCCCCUGACAAUCUGCCCAGUGAAAGUCUCAGUAACAGUGACGUCAUCCCAGUGA